AUGGUGGGUGGUGAAAUCUUGCCAGGAGAAAUAGCUGUGCACUGCACAUGUACACAGAAAUAUUCAAAGGCAAUUGGGAACGAGGAAACUGGCCAACCACCUGUGCAGUCAAACCGAGCAGGUACACGCAAAUAUCCAAAGCCGAUUGUGAACAGGGAAACUAGCCAACCACCAGUGCAAUCAUAUCGGGCAAAUGGCUGGGGAAAUCAUGCUCGGAUAACUAGUUGUGUACUGCACAUGUACCUAAAAAUACUUAAAGGCAACUCGAAACGAGAAACUGGCCAACCACUUGUGCCGUCAAAUCGGACAGGUACACGCAAAUAUCUAAAGCUGAUUGUGAACGGGGAAACUGGCAAACCACCUGUUCAGUCAUAUCGGGCAAGUGGCGGGGGAAAUCAUGCUCGGAGAACUAGCUGUGCACUGAGCAUUACACACAAAUAUCCAAAGCUGAUUGUGAACAAGGAAACUAGCCAACCACCUGCGCAAUCAUAUCGGGCAGGUGGCUGGGGAAAUCAUGCUCGAAUAACUAGCUGUGUACUGCACAUGUACCCGAAAAUACUUAAAGGCAACUCAGAACGGGAAACUGGCCAACCACUUGUGCCAUCAAAUCGGACAGGUGACUGGGGAAAUCUUUGCCAGACACUUGUGUACUAA